AUGAAGAAAGAAGAAGAAGAAGAGAAGAAGAAGUUGAAGUUGAAGUCGAAGUUUGGAGUCGAAGUAAGAGACGAAGCGGGAGCGAAGGAGGUUUUGGUUACUUCUACUUCUCUAUCAACUUCUCUUUCUCUCUAUAUCUUCUUCUUCCUCUUCUUCUUCUUUACUAUUCUUUUAUUAUUAUUAUUCUUAUUAUUAUUAUUCUCUGCUUCAUCUCUUCGUCUUCCUCUUCUUCUACUUACUCUCAUGAUGUCUUUCUUCUUUGCUUCUCGUCUCAUCAAAACACUCAAAGUUGGCCUCCUCAGCUGCUUCUUCUCCUUCUUCUCCUUCUUCUCCUUCUUCUCUGCUGUUCCUGUUUCAUCUUUUAGCUCGAGUCGACUGGUGUUGGCCCUCAAGUUCCUCUGCCACCCUCCUUUCUCCCAGCCAACCAUGGCCAGCAGAAGAGCAAGCUCAGAGUCGAUGGGGGAGGGGGAUCUCUCCGCCGCCCGUCUGUCUCUAUAUAUAAACUAG